AUGUCGGUCCGCACGACAGACCAGACGCACCUGAAUAUCGGGUCCCAUGCGUCUUCUUCUUCCGUGGUCUGCAUCCCAGCCGAGGGCACGGGUAUGCCCAGCGGCAACACCCAGUCCGCGUUGGAAAAGGCGCAUAAUAACAUGGUGAUUAAAGCCGACAUCAACAAGGAGGGGUGGGAAACCUCAGAGUUCCCCAUCCUGUGCGAGACCUGCCUCGGGCCCAACCCGUUUGUGCGCAUGGAGAAAGAGCCGUUCGGGUUGGAAUGCAAAAUCUGCACGCGGCCCUUCACCCUGUUCCGGUGGAAGCCCGGCGGCGACGCGCGGUACAAAGCGACAGUGGUGUGCCAGACGUGCAGCCGACUGAAAAAUUGUUGCCAGACGUGUCUGUUCGACCUGGAAUACGGGUUGCCGGUGCAAGUCAGAGACAAGUAUUUUCUUGUACAUGGUUUUGAUCAUGAUUGUGAUUCGCAUGACAAAUACUAUAUCCACCUGAGGGGCCCACGUGAUAGAUCAACUUGCUGCAGGAUCGUGUGUCACUUACGCCAAGAAUCAUGCUCGUGCAGCGCUACAGCUGCGUGUUGGAAAAAAACCUGCUGUUUUUCUUGUUCAUCCGCGUCUAGUUUAGGCGAGUUGUCUCCUUCUCCCACCACAGAAUUUGAAGAUGAAAACUUCUGCGACAAAACUUUCCACCUAAAACAGGUAUCUCGCCGAGCAGGACAAGAUAGAUAUGCCGGACAGUGUCGUAAACCGGGAGUACUACAUCCAGCAGCAACAGGCCAAAAUAGAAUCCGGUGAACUGCCUUACGGAAAGGAGAAAAACGCGAUGUUGAUGAAAAUCGCAAUAUUGAAAGGAAAAAUCCCCCCUCCCCAUAUCGAAAAGGCAUGCUUCCGAAAAUUUGUCUUGCUGAUUUGAGACCACAAAUCACGUCUGUCUUGCAAGAAGACAAACGCAGAGGCUUCCCUGCCUUUAUGGAAGCGGUUUGGCAUGCUGUUGGGCCUAGGGGACAGCUGUGUGUAAUGCUAAGCAACUAGACCAAAACGUCCCGCCCUAGGCUGCGGAUCUGGCUGCGAUGCCGUAUUGCAAGACAGCGCGCAUUUGUGUACACAAAUCCUGCAUCACAGAUUUCCCAUUUGAUACGGGGCGGGGGGAUUUUUCCUUUUGAUACGCAAGGAAAAAUCCCUACUACAAGCGAAACGAGGCGAAAAUUUGCUCGUUUUUCGUGAAAGGUAUUGAUUGAUAUUUUUUCUGGUUUAGGUUUUCAAGAUGCAUACGAUACGUCGCAUGACAGAUUUCCCAACAACUUGCGAUGAAGUCAAUUUUCUAUGCUAGAUCAGGUAGAAAACAAUGCGACUUGUCAUGCGUGAGCGUGAUGAAGAUGAUGUUCAAUACACCCUAUCAGGUACCUGUAACCGCGGCGACGAGUGUCCGUAUCGUCACGAGAUGCCGGAAACAGGAGAGUUGGCAAAUCAGAAAAUCCGGGACCGUUUUCACGGUGUCAACGAUCCGGUGGCCAACAAAAUAUUUCGACAAGCAAAGGAAAUGUAUACCUUGAAGCCACCAGACGACAAAUCCAUCACCACGUUGUACGUUGGAGGUACUCAGGAUACUAGAUAUAGCUUUUCUUUUUCAGAAGUAUCUAUCCCGAAGUGAAUUUCGCAUGACAGAGUGAAAUUCUCGUCUAGGAUUUUUGCAUGACAAAGAACUGCAAUAAAUCAAUACAUCACACACGACCUAAGGACACCAUACCUCCCCACAGGUGUCGAUCCCUCCAUCACCGAGCAAGAUCUCCGCGGCGUUUUCUACGUGCACGGAGAACUGAAGGCGGUAAAGCCGAUCCCAAAGCAGUCCUGCGCGUUUAUCAACUACAAAACCCGCGAAGGCGCAGAAGCCGCGGCCGAUAAACUGUACCGAAAUCUGAAGAUCAAGGGCCACACGUUGCGGAUCCAGUGGGCGCAAAAGACGUCCGCAAACGCCGGGCCGGGUAUCAAAAUGAAAAAUCCCCCCUCCCCAUAUCAAAGCGGAAACUUGUGAUGCUGAUUUGUGGCCACAAAUCAGCUUUGUAUUGCAGAGAGGCAUUGCGGCCAGGUCCCCCGGCUAGGUAGGCGCGUAUGGGUCUAGUUGUUCAGCAUGGCAAAAGGCUCCCCUUUAGGCCCAAGACCAUGACAAAUCGCUUGCAUAAUGGGCCGGACGCUUCUGCCCUCGUCUUCUUGCAAGACAGAUGUGAUCUGUGACCUCAAAUCCGCAACACAAAUUUCUGGAAACAUACCUUUUCCAUAUGGGGUGGGGGGAUUUUUCCUCUCAAUACCGGGGCGAGAGGAGCUGGCGGAGAAAAAAAGGAGGGAAGCGGCGGAAAAUAACAAGGACCCAUUACAGCAACCCGGCGCACUAUCAACUGCAAAAGUGUCUGGGUCUGGAAGAGUCGGGACCUGUCAUGCACAUUUUGCAUGACCCGUGAGGUCUUUGAUGCUGGUGCUAGCAUCACAGAUUUUUUGAAAGCUUUUUGAUGCUAAUUACGCAUGAGAAAUGCCCUCUCCGCGUGCCAAGAGCUGACUCGUCUUGCGGCUCAUGCGACACAGAUACUUUUAGAAUUCGCAGACAGCAUUACAGACCCAGACAUUUUUGCAAUCCAUACGCGCCGAUGACCUACAACAGUAUGAACCCGUCCUUUUUGAACAACGCACCCCUGGAGUCAAAAUCCAACCAGGCGCUGACAAGAGAAGAGCAGGACGCCAAGGGUUGGAAGGGCGAGAGAGGGGCGUAUGUUCCUGGAAAAAGCGGGAAGAAGAAGGGGACGAUGAAUAAAGGCGGUAAUAAUCUUCCGGGCGAGAUGAAUAAAGGGAAAAAUAAUGUAGUUUCCGAAGGAGGAGGAAAAGGUGGUGGUGGAAAUAAAACCAGUAGCGCAUCAAUACCACCGCCAGCACAAGAACAACAGCAGCCCCAGCCGCAACCGCAACAUUCCGGCCCACCUUCCGGCUCAUUUGACUUCCUCCAGGAAUCGCUGGUGCAGCAGCCAGGUGGGUACGAAAGUCAAAAAUGGCAACAGGAGGGCGAUGAUGGCGAUGGGUUUUUACAAACGCAACUGACGGGCAAGGGGAAGGGAAAAGGGAAAGGCGGAAAGAAGGGUGGGUUCAAAAAGUGACGGAAAAAAGAACCAACUUUUUACUUCGUCGUGAUCUGGAACUCGUCAAUUGCGUUUUUUGUACAACCGAAAAUGAAAAAAACGGAACCCCCCGUGUAGUUCUUGUUGGAAACUUUUUUUUGAUUCACAUCCACACAAAUAAAUCCACAACUUGGAGUUUUUU